UUAUUGCUCAGAAACCAGCCACCAUGGGGAGUUAAGGGGAUAGUCGACGGGUUAUUUUCUUUAAUAUUUAAUAUCAGAAAGCUAUCCAUAUGCUGCGUUUUGGAGCACACAGUUCGCGCCAGUAUCCCCAAUGCAGCGGAUUAAGGGGAACGGGCUUUCAGAGACGGGUGAAUUGUUUGCCAGCAAAGUCAUUGCUAGAGGGGAAGAUCUGACCUCUGCUUUGUGCAGUCAAAGACAUGAGUGUUGUCAGAGAAUUACAUGGGAUUGGGUACAGGGGCGGUGGUGGGGUUGUGGCCUCUCUGAACGGCCCUACCCACUUUACCGAGGAUGCUCCACGACCCCCAGUUCCUGGUGAGGAGGGAUCUGAUGUGGACCCUCCAGUACUGUCAGCCACCUCCCGACCAAACACCCUUUCCCAAACCCUCUGCUAUCCCCCGUCAUCUACAUCAUCUAAAAUGGGGGAUCAGUCAAGUUAUGCACCCACCUCAUCGUCUGCGACUCCGCGUCGCCCUGAUCUGGACUUGGGGUAUGAACCUGAGGGCUCUGCUUCACCAACUCCACCUUACCUGAAGUGGGCAGACUCGCUUCACUCUCUCCUAGAUGACCAGGAAGGCAUCCAGCUGUUCCGAAACUUCCUGUGCCAGGAAGGGUGUGCAGACCUCCUCGACUUCUGGUUUGCUUGCUCAGGGUUCAGGAAGACCAGCCAGGAGAAGAAGGCAAAAUUGGCCAAGGCCAUCUACAGGAAAUACAUUGUAGACGGAAGUGGAAUUGUCUCCAGGCAGAUCAAAGCAGCCACCAAGAGCUUCAUUAGGGACUGCGUGGGAAGGCCGCAUCCAGACCCUGCCAUGUUUGAACAGGCCCAGACAGAGAUUCAGGCCAUGAUGGAGGAGAACACCUACCCUUUGUUUCUUAAGUCGGAUCUGUACCUGGAGUACACACGGACAGGAGGAGAGAGCCCCAAGCCUAACCCCAGUGAUCAGAGCCCUUCAUCGGGUCCAGCCAAGCCUGUGCCUGGGUACUUACCCACACUCGCUGAGGAUGAGGAAUGGAGGUGUGGAGGCGGAGGAGUGAGGGAGGUGGAGGAAGAGAAAGAUGAGGAGGAGUGUGGGGACACCCCAGCUGGUAGGCUGACUCAGAGCCUGCUGAUGCAGACAGCACCGCAGAGAGCCUCAGCUGACAGGAGGAGGCCGGACAGAAGGGAGUACAGACCAUGGCGGGAGCCAGUAAACCCAUACUACGCAAACAUGGGCUAUGCUCGUGCUCCAGCAACCAGUGCCAAUGACAGUGAGCAGCAGAGCAUGUCUAGUGAUGCUGACACACUGUCACUGACUGACAGCAGUGUAGAUGGUAUUCCUCCAUACAGAUAUCGGAAGCAGCAUCGUAAAGAGAUGCAUGAAAGUGCCAAAGCCAAUGGACGUGUGCCCCUACCUCAUAUACCUCGCACGUACCGCAUGCCAAAGGACGUCCACGUAGACCCUGAGAGGUUUGCAGCGGAGCUCAUCAGCAGGCUGGAGACGGUUGUCAGAGAGAGAGAGGCUCAGGAAAGACUUGAAGAGAGGCUGAAGAGAGUACGACUGGAAGAAGAGGGCGACGAUGCUGACAUCUCCGUAACGACCUCCAUAUCUUCUCAUAGCAUACCACUCCCCCUCCCUUCAUCAUUUCCACCUCUUUACGGUGCUCGUUAUUCAGAGACCACUGCUAACACGGCAACUGUCGCCACUUAUGGCGGCCUGGUUGCCAUGGAGGAUUCCCAUGACGACGACCCGGAAUCUAUUUUGGAUGAGCACGUACAGCGCGUGAUGAAAACGCCUGGCUGCCAGUCACCAGGGGCAACCAACAGCACCUUAGGAGGAGGGGGUCGACAUUCUCCUCCCAAAUCAUCACGUUCACCUGAUGGGGGCAUCGGCCCGCCUCACUACCCUCCACACCGAGGGGGAGGUCACAGUCUGCCUGCUGCCGGGGUCAAAGGUGUGCAUCACCACAAGCAACUGUAUCACCACAGAGGAAGAGAAGGGCAGGAGGAGGCGGGCUCUAGGUCUCAGGCCAACUUCCUGUGGAACGGAGACCCAGCCAGCCAGUACGCAGGGAGAAGUCGUAACUAUGCCGACGGGGCUGGAGCCAGCACAAUUGAGGGCAUGGGUUACAGUAGUAAAGGCAGCACGCUAUCACGGCGAGGUUGUAAGAAGGCAUCAGAGACAUCAGGCAAACCUGACGAGUGUGGGCGUGGCAUGGAGGCCCAGGUACCACAUGAGGAUCUGGAGAGAAACCAGAAGAUCCUGCAGUGGAUGAUGGAAGGAGACAGGCAAAGAAAGAGCACACAUGGCGGCAGCACCAGUAGCUCCAGGAGGACGGGAACCACCAGCGAGUCACCACGUCCAACUUCAGUGGAGCGACCUGGAGCUGUGCACCCCUGGGUCUCUGCCCAGCUGCGUAACAACCCUUCUUCAGUGUCCCCUGUCAUCCCCGUCUCAUCGUCCGCCCAGGUCCAGCCCUCGCACCCUUUUAUCCAGGACCCAGCUAUGCCCCCAAACCCGGCUCCCAAUCCCCUCACCCAGCUGGAGGAGGCUAGGAGGAGGCUGGAGGAGGAGAGGAGGAGGAACGCACUACAGCAGGCCAAGCAGAGGCAUAAGUCUGGUAAGCGCCAAGUGUGUGAGAACAUGACAGUGGCUUACUACUUUUGUGGAGAGCCAAUCCCAUACCGAACAUCAGUCAAAGGCCGGGUGGUGACUUUGGGUCAGUUCAAGGAGCUCCUUACCAAAAAGGGCCAUUACAGGUUCUACUUUAAGAAAGUGAGUGACGAGUUUGACUGUGGUGUCGUGUUCGAGGAGGUCCGCGACGAUGACGCCAUCUUGCCUAUCUUCGAGGAGAAGAUCAUUGGGAAGGUGGAGAAGGUUGACUGAAAUGUGGGAACAGGAAGAUGACACAGAAUUGCAAAAAGAUCAUUUGGAGAAACAAAAGGAGAUGGGAAGAGAACAUUGAGGUUGGAUUAGAAAUUCAGCUGUGAGAAAACAGAUGAGUGAAAGAAAGUAGAAAGAUGGAAGGAGCAAUGUGUGACAGAAGGGAGAUUGCGCCGCAUGGUAGAAGCUCGAGUAUUAGGGAGGUGGUUAUUUUGAUUGAAUAUCUGGACACCUGCUUGGAUCAAACCCACAUACAGUGAAGAAGCUUGGCCGGAUGAAACAGCAGCGGAGGAAAGGAACAUAAAUGAAUUCACCUGUCUUGUCUCCCCUGUGGAUAUUCGAGGAGCGCUUUUAAUCUGAUGUCUGAUCAGUCUUCCACUUCCACCGCGAUGGAUGGAAAAGGGUGAGGGGACUGUUGGAAGGAGAGAGGAUCAAGUAGUCUUCCACUUCUGCUCUGGAGGAGUCUGUCCUCCGCAGACCAUUAUGAUGCUGCUACAUUACCACGGAAACUCUUCAAUCGGUGCUCAGGACAGUAAAGAAAGCAGUUAUGUUCCGUUCGGGAGUCUCGCUGCCUUUUGCUGUCUCUGUUCCUCAUCAGCUGGUGACAAGGGGAGAGGACAGAUGAUUUUGGGGAGUGGACCUUUGCCCUGCUUCUCCUCUUGUUGACUUCAUAGCCUCAAAACAGAAACUUUCUCACCCUUGAUUCCUAGAUGUCAUGUAGUGAUCUCUCACAUCAACAUGUUCAGACAACAGUUCUCCACACAACUUGUUUACCAAAGCUACAUAUUUUUGAUAAGACAAGUAUCCUAGCUACUUGUUUCAUUUUAUUUGAAUUAUGUAUGUACAAGGCAGGUACUAUUACUUAUUAAUGCAGCCUAAUUUCGUUAUAUCUCAACUUAAUGUUGUAUUAUUGUGUAUGUUUUGAAGCUAGUUCAUUAGUCAUUUCAGGGCAGCCAUUUUGUUUUUGUUUUUCUCCUUUAUAAAAUACACUCCUGCACCUCAAUUCAGUAAUGUUUAACUUUUGAGUGUGCAGUUCUGCUUUCCUGCACAAUGGAUUUUAAUUAUAGGACUUCUUCUUCUUCUUUUUUCCACCCUCAAAUUCUCAUGAUAAACAAGAGUGCACACUAACGGUGUGCCAUCGUUGACCACAGUAUCUGUUGUUUUUAACAGGGCACACUAUCACCUCAUGUACAUGAUAUUUUUCUGCUGUACUGAGAGCCUGUGUAUGUAAAUCCGAACUCAGUCUAGGUGCCUGCCUGCCUGGCCAGUGCCAUUACUAUGUAGAAUGCUUAUUCUGAAGCGUGGCGAGUGUUGAACGCUUGUGUUAUGUGCGCCUGAACUCAGCCAAAGAGCAUAUUGUGUGUCCCAUAUGCCUACAUGCGUGUCUGUGCAGUCAAAGUCCACGAGUAUCAAAUGUACUUUUUCAUCUUGAGCAGAAGGGAAUCUUCUUCCUCUUGCAGAUUCCUCAACUUCAAUAAUUUUAGCUUAACAAUGAGUUAAAAAUCUGCAGCUUACCUUAAUAGAAUAGUUUGACAUUUUGGGAAAUGUGCUUAUUUGCUUUCCUGUCGAGUUAAGUAAGAAAAUUGAUACCAUUCUGAUCUCUGUACAGCAAAUAUAAAGCUACAGCCAGCAGUUUAUUAGUUUAGCUUAGCAUAAAGGUGGAAAACAAACGAUUACGCUGGCUUUAAUAUAAAGUAAACAAACUUGGGCUGCAACUGCUGACUGAUUUUGUUUUAUUUAUUUUUUUUAAUUUUAAGAGUUUUUAUCAGUUUACUCAGCCAGUUAAUAUCUUGAUUAAUUGGUCUAUAAAAUGUCAAGCCCAAGCCAAUGUAUAAAAAUUGCUUGUUUUGUCCAACCAACAUUUUGAAACAUGAUUUUCAGAAUAGAUUUAGAAGCUGGAAUUAGAGAUCAUUGGGCAUUUCUACUUGAAAAUUAUUUUAAUCUAUUACAAAGUUAUUUUUCAGUUGUCUAAUCAAUUUAAAUUUCUCCAUUAAAGCAAACUAGAUAUAAUGUGUUAACUAGUGAGCCAUAAAGAUGCUGGUAGGUGGGUUUAGUUUCCUCUGGACAGAGCCAGGCUAACAGUUUCCCUCUGUUUCCAGUCUUUAUGCUAAGCUAACCCAACCUGCGACUGCCUGCAGCUCCAUGUGUAACGCGCAGACAAGGGAUCAAUCGAGCUCUUAGCAAGAAACUGAGCGUGUUUCAUAAAAAAAGUCAAAGUAUUCCUUCAGACUCCUCACAUCGGUACAGUACUGCAGCAUAUCAUAUAAAGCACCGUGCAGACAGAGCACUGAUCACACACCAGCUAUGUAAGCUGAAUGUAAUUUGACCUUUUUUAUUUUAAUUUUACCUACCGCGUCCUCAAAGGAAAUCUCAUUGGUCAUUGUUGCUGUCUUCAGUAUUGAUCUCAACCAGUUGGCUUGAUUGAGUGUGUUGUGUUAUCUAUGCUGGUAGUUAAUUGAAUGUGUUCUUCAAACAAAGAGGUCCUACCGUAUAUCAUGCAGGAAUGUCAAAUACAAUGUGUCCUGGGAUUCUGCCCAGUGAGGGGAAACAUACGAUCAUAAAACACAUUUGUCCUUACUUCAACCCAUUAUGCCUUCAAUAUGAAAUAAAAAUUUUAGAUAUGUAUUUGUUUAUAAAAAAAAAAUGUAAUUUUAAUAAUCACCAAGCAUGUUCUUUAUUAGGAAUGUUUUCCUGAUGAGUUGAAUUAUCUAUUUUGUUUUAAUGUUUAUGUGCAAACUGCAACAGCCCUCUGAUAUAUUUUAUCUGUUUUGUUAGCCCAGGGACAGUUGAAUGACAACAUUUGUUAAAAGUUGUUUCUUGUGAUUAUGAUUCGAUGAACAAAACAAACAACUGCGUCUGUUGUGUUGUCAGUUUGUGUGAAACACAGUGCCUUUACCAUGUUAUCUUUCAAAAAAUCUUUAUUGAACCAAUCUAUGCUUUUAAUGUAAGUUUUUAUUUUCAGUCAGUCCUGUUGUAUUUCUAGCUGCAGUCAUGCUUGCUCACUUCUGUUCUGAUAGAUCCUCUGCUGUAAAUAUGUACAUUUUCAUUUCAUAUGUCUUCAGACCUGCAUUACAUGUCCAUGGUGUUUCUGUUUUUCAAAGGUAAACGCCAAGAUGUCACUGUGCUGGUUCCACUUGUACAUUUCUUUUAAAAAGGUACUUCAUAAUAAAGAUGUUGAAUAAA